AUGGAAUCACCACCAGCCGUGCAGAACGCAGCUCUGACCGCGGCCUUGAACCCUAGCCCGCCCCUUGUCGACACUGCCCGGCGAUGUCACCUGCACAUCAGACAGCAACCGCGAGCCGCGCGCGCUGGACCUGAUGGGAAGGAUCGAAGAGCAGUUGAUCCACCACCGAUCGUGCAGUUAUUGAUGGACGACUUUGACCCUGAUAAUGAGGACGAUGUGGCAGAAAUCAAAUGCCCCUUCUGGGUUGUGUUCUGCCGGCUAGUUGGAGCAGUUGCAGUGAAUUCAGACGUCAGCACGCAGUCUUACUUCACUGAAGAAGGUCAAAAGGAAGUGCAACGUCUGCUCUUGGGCACUACGGUGGCAAGUCCUACUCAUACUGCUGAUGACCCUGAUCCCCCCACGAUGCCAACCCAUCCCGUAACGAGAGAUGCCGUGUCGCCCCCUCAUAGUCCUACGUCGAGGUUUUUGCCCACCACCGCACGAGGGAGACUACCAAGAGCGCCACACAACAUUCCCGGCGCCUUCUUCAUUUUCGCUGACCUCUCUCUUCGCAGAGCGGGCGAAUACCGGUUGCAAUUCACGCUGAUGAAGAUGGAGCCUCCGUUACUGAGAGUAGGCGCUACGGUGCCAGCUCAUCACGUCGUUACCAGCCAAGUCUUUCGAGCUGUCAACGCAAAGGAUUUCGACCAAGUCCAGCCUAGCACCAACUUGGUCAAAGGGCUCCUUGACCGAGGCGCAGGGUUCCCGCUCAAGCUGAAGAAAGGAAUCAGGGAGGGACAAAGGCGAAGGAGAGCUGCGUGGGAUGACUAUUCCGACGACGAAGAUUCGGGUGACUAUGACAAUGAGUGA